AUGCUCGUCUUCCGGAACCAAACAUCCUACAAUCGGUUUUGGGACGGUCGAAAUGGAAUGAACUCACUCAACACCUGCGUGCGAAACCUUGUUCGCACAAUUGCAACGAAUAGUUACAAUGCUAAGAGAGGACCCCCUACAGCCGCAGAGCGCGAGGAUAUCGAGCGCACUAUUCGAAUCCUCAUGGCUAUCCCAUAUGCCGUGAAAAAUCAUUUGCGUGCAGAAUGGGGAGCCGCUUGGGUGUUUGGCAGCUCUGUUGACGAGGACUUGAAUCUGUAUGGUAACACGCUUUAUAACCCUGAAUACGCCAACUUGCUUCCAGCGGGCUUGGUGGGCCAUGAGGAUGAGGGCCUCGGUCUUCCCUUUCAAUUGACCUUCUUCGUCGAUGGUUUUAUCAAGCGAGGCGAAGAGCGAGGGUGGUUCCCUGCUCCUGGUGCUAGCCAGAUGCAGGCUCAGUUGAACACCUUGACUGAUGCCUAUGGGAAAAUGGAGACGAUCAAACUGACUCCAAUGCCUGUCGCUCACUUAAUCCAUCAAAAGCAAGUCCUCGCUCUCUUUGGUUGCGUUUUGCCUUUUGCGAUGGUGGAUGAGAUGGGAUGGUGGGCAGUUCCUAUUGUGAGCUUGGUGAUUUUCACUCUUUAUGGUAUUGAGGGCAUAGGAUCCCAAUUGGAAGAUCCAUUUGGGUAUGAUCGAAACGACAUCAAGAUGGAUGCUAUCGCCGGGGAUUCCAAAACCGAGAUUGAUGUUGUUCUGUCUGAAUGGCGCACACACUCGAAAGCCAUGGAUGCACUGCGACACCAGCCAGCUGGCUCUUUCCAUGGAGAUCUAUGCUUGACACCCAAUCGCAAUGAGGGUGGUAAUAACAAAGGGGACGAGAAGUACGCACCUCCAGACUUAUUCUUGAGGUUAAGACCAAGCACGGGCAGGUAA